CCUGAGCCGGUUCCGAACUUGAGCUUGCGCGCUUGCUUGAGGAUUCGGAUACAUAACAAAAUUUAACAAGCGACAUGCAUCACGUCUAGCAUGAAGCCGAGCCUGGCGAAAGCGUCGACGGCGGACCGGGAGAAUUCAACAUUACGUCAACAAUGUAAUGCGUUAUCGGAGCAGCUGGGGAGAGUUCUCCUGAGCGUUCCCGCCAUCGGCCGGCUUCUUGCCAACACCACGACCAUCAGCAGUGAGGACCUGCUGCUCACCACGGAGGAGGUGCAGGAGGCGGCCCUCCGCACCAUAUGGCUAGCACAUUACUAUGCCCUAGCCCGCGACCUAGGCGUGCUGCCGGAGCUGGCGGUGGCGCAGGCGGAGCGCUGGGGCAGCACCGCGCCGCCAGAGGAGGUGCUGCACCGAUGCGCGGCUGACGUGGCCCGCCGGUUGCGGGAGUACACGCAGGGCCCUGGCACCACCAGCCAACAACAAGCAGCGGCAGAUGCAGCCGCGCCGGCAACAACAGACAGCCCAGAUGGGCUACCUACGUCGCGGACGCGCGCCUGCGUGGCCGAUAUCGUUGAGCUGGAGCGAGCGAGUCGGAGGCUGGAGGCGUUGCAGGUUCCGUCGCAGUGCCGAGGGGCACUUGCUCAAGUUGCGCAGGAGGAGGCGAUGCAGCCGGCCAUCCUGUCCCUAGACGCGCUUGACGACCUGGACGAUCCCGCGAGGGGGUCCUACCUGCCACUGGAGCCCGUUGUGCCCCUGCCGGCCGCGGCGGCCGCAGAAAUUGCGUUCUGCACGGCAUGGCUAACGUACAUGUGGGGACGUGCUGCGCUGGCUGGAAUACAGCCGCAGGUGUCAUUGGAGCAGGCGGAGCAGUGGGCGGGCCGCAUGGGCAAGGCGGCUCAGCUGCAAGACUUCGGCGACGUGAACGACUCCCUGCAGGAGCUGGCGUUGUACGGCAUUGAGGAGCUGCUGUGGAAGGAGCGUUGAGGCGAAUGUGCCCUAUCCCUUCGCAUGCUUGGAAGGGGUUACGGCCAAACCUAACUUCGCUUGACACGUUGGCAGCGCAGCUGGGGACCCUGGAAGUAGUGUUAGGUGCUGAAGCGACUCGAGGAGGGAUAGAUACGUUGGUGCGGCGGUGGAAGACGCGUGUAUGCACACGCUGCAGUUGUAGCCGGGGUUGGCUCGGUGGCCACGGCCUUGUGCCGACAACGCCACGGCUCGAUGCUGAUGGGGGCAAGGACGCAAUGCAGGGGUUGUCGGAGUGCGACAGGGCUGGGCAGAGACCUCAGACACUGGACAGGGUUGGGCAUUGCUGAUUGUUGAAGUGCUUCUUGUAGUGGCCAGCCUAAGACCGCCCUGCAUGUAAGGACUUGAUGGCUGCCUGUCAUUAGUAACCACGAGCGGGUGCUGAUGACUAGCUGAGGACCUGAGGCCAGGGGGAAAUGUUCCGUUAGCAGGGGCUGCGGGCACCCUGUGGGUGGCCUAGCACUCAGCUGAACACAGUGGAGACGUGGAAACGCGCUGCGGCGCUGGAGGGGAUUGAGUUGCCGAUAUGGAUGCUUGCUCAUGGAGUUGUACCAUGCACGGCAUGGGCAACAUUCUGCCUACCAGUGUAACUGUGGACGUUC